AAUAAUUGAUCGGGUAAAGGAUAAAAAAAAAUUGGAAUUGGAAGAAGAAAUCUAAAUCCUUUGCAACCACAGAACAGUGGUAUUCGUUGAUCGGCGUGCGCAGAAGAGUGAUGGGUUUGACGAAUUUCAUAAUUACGGUUGCCGGUGUUAGCGCUGUGGUUCUUCUUCUAAGGAGUGAUGUGAAGCAAUCUGCGUCCAUUUUCAAACGCAACGUCAAACAAAUUCGUCAUUGGCUUGAAGAAGAAACCGCUAAUUCUUCAAAGAAAAUUGAAAAGACUGCAAAGGAACUGGAAUCAAAGGUUCCUCCAAAAGACCCUCCUAAGGACGACAAACACUAAUGUUUAUGUUGCUGAUAGAGUGAUGGGGUGGUUAUGAUGGAUAGAUGUUUUCUUUUUCUUUUAUACUAAGAAGAAUUCUAGAUCAAUGUCUAUUAAUAUAAGAGGGAUGUAUUGGAUUAGGAUUCUAUAGGAUUUUAAAAGACUUUUUAAUUAUGAAAAAGUCUUAUGGUAUUCAAUCAAGACUUUUUGCAAUUUAAAAAAAGUUUUGUGGUAUUCAAUCAAGACUCUUUGUCAUUUUAAAAAAGUCUUGAGGUAUUCAAUCAAGACUUUUCAUCACUUAAAAAAAGUCUUGUGGUAUUCAAAAUCAUUCAAAUUUCGAAUGAUUGUUUAAUAAAUUGGAUUUUGAUGGA